AUGAAGUCAUUUAUCCCGUUUAUUCUUACGGCCGCGACGUAUUCUCUCGGAGCUACUAGCUCAAUUAACGAAUUCGAUGAACUGUCCUUACGUUAUAUCAAGUUUUCUCCUCAACAUAUUGAAAAACUUCCGCUUGCUGCUAUUGAACGACUUCGGGCCGCAGCGCCGCUCCCUCGUCCACUCACGGCUGAAUCUCUUAAUGAAGUUCGCGCUUCUUUAAGCGAUAUAUCCACGCUCACAGGCUCGACCAUAUCCGAUGAGGCAAUUGAACAACUUCAAGGCCGCUUUCAACGGAAAUUGUGGGGCCCCGGAUAUAUCGACGUGACCGACUCCGUCUCCGCCGGCUUUGACGACAGCACCCGGUCCCAGACCCCAUUUGUCGCUCCUAUCACUGCCCCCAAGUAUCCAACUCCAGACCCAUCAGCGCACCCGGAGCUUAAGCCAAUGUUGGAAAUGGUUAAUUCGACAGAGCUUCGUGACUAUGUCACUCAUUUGUCAACUGCAUACCGAACGCGCUAUUAUCGCCAUCCAAACGCUCGCGAGCCUACCUAUUGGAUUGAAGCGCAGUUUGCUUCGUGGCUAGGCUCGAACCAAACCACAGUAGUCGAGAACAAGUUUAACCAACCGAAUAUUGUGGGCCGAAUUGAAGCCAAGUCUGGGAGUUCUAGCGCGCCGAUUAUCAUAUUGGGGGCUCAUUUGGAUAGCACAAGCCAACUCCCAUGGGUGGCUCCGGGCGCUGACGACGACGCAUCUGGUCUGUCGGUCGUAAUGGCCAUUAUGCGUAUCCUCAAGGCGAACGAUUACCAAGGCAGCUAUGCUAUUGAAGCGCACGCCUAUGCUGGCGAGGAAGGUGGUCUAUUGGGAUCCGAUGCACUUGCUAGGGCUUACAAGGACCAGGGAAAGGAAAUUCGUGGUAUGAUUGAAUUUGAGAUGGUUGGAUACCAACCAUCGACGUCGACCAAUGCGGGCAAAUCGAGCACAAUCACUGUAUUGGCUGACCCAGUCCCCAGCAUGACAAGCCACAUGAUCAAAGUCGUCGAGGCAUACGUUCCUACGGCAGAGUUGCGGAGUGUUAAUUGUGGGUAUGGUUGUAGCGACCACUAUUCGUUUUUCAAAGAAGGAUACCCCGUUGUUUGCCUCGCAUCGUAUGGCCCGAACGACAAGUACUUGAACCCCAACUACCAUGCCAUGAGCGACACCGUGGAUAAACUGGACUUUGAGAAGAUGACUGAUUUUGUACGCGCUGGGUUAGGCUGGGUGGUCGAAGUGGCUGCUUAG